CCAUUAUGCACCAGCAACCAUAAUUUCCUUUUCUCAUUAUUUUUUUCACGAUCAGCUUUAGAAAAAUCUGAAAAGAAUAUAACAAGAGGAGGAGAAGCCAGGGACAACUUGAUCCUGCAAAUAUAAUAUAUACAUACUCACAAGAAGUUGUUGUUGUAUUGUACUUGUAAAGCUUAGCUUUGUUGCAGAGCCAUGGCCACCACCCAUGCAGCUCUAGCUUCUACAAGGAUCCCCACAAACACCAAGUUUUCAUCCAAGGCCUCUCACUCUUUCCCAGCCCAAUGCUCCUCAAAGAGGCUUGAGGUGACAGAAUUCUCUGGCCUAAGAUCAAGUUCAUGCGUCACCUAUGCCAAUAAUGCUAGAGAGUCUUCCUUUUUUGAUGUUGUAGCUGCCCAACUCACUCCCAAGGCAAUUGGUUCAACUGCUGUGAGGGGAGAAACUGUGGCUAAGUUGAAGGUAGCGAUCAAUGGUUUUGGACGUAUUGGUAGAAAUUUCCUGCGCUGCUGGCACGGCCGAAAGGACUCACCCCUUGAGGUGAUUGUUGUCAAUGACAGUGGUGGUGUGAAGAAUGCUUCGCAUCUGUUGAAAUAUGAUUCUAUGCUGGGAACUUUUAAAGCAGAUGUGAAAAUACUAAAUGAGAACACCAUUACAGUUGAUGGUAAGCCCAUCAAGGUUGUCGCAAACAGGGACCCUCUUAAGCUUCCUUGGGCUGAGCUUGGAAUUGAUAUUGUUAUUGAGGGAACAGGAGUGUUUGUGGAUGGCCCUGGUGCUGGAAAACACAUCCAAGCAGGUGCCAAGAAAGUUAUCAUCACUGCUCCUGCAAAGGGUGCUGAUAUUCCAACUUAUGUUGUUGGAGUAAAUGAAGGGGACUACGGUCAUAAUGUCGCCGACAUUAUAAGCAAUGCUUCUUGCACCACAAACUGUCUUGCUCCCUUCGUGAAGAUCCUGGAUGAAGAGUUUGGAAUUGUGAAGGGAACCAUGACAACCACACAUUCCUACACAGGAGAUCAGAGGCUUUUGGAUGCUUCUCACAGGGACUUGAGAAGAGCUAGGGCUGCAGCUCUGAACAUUGUCCCCACCAGCACCGGAGCGGCCAAGGCCGUGUCUCUGGUGCUGCCACAGCUCAAGGGAAAGCUCAAUGGGAUUGCCCUCCGCGUGCCGACACCCAAUGUUUCGGUGGUUGACCUUGUGGUGAAUGUUGAGAAGAAGGGUAUCUCAGCUGAAGAUGUCAAUGCAGCAUUCAGAAAGGCAGCUGAAGGGCCACUGAAAGGUGUGUUGGAUGUGUGUGAUGUUCCACUGGUGUCUGUGGACUUCAGGUGCACUGAUGUUUCUUCUACUAUUGACUCCUCAUUGACCAUGGUCAUGGGAGAUGAUAUGGUCAAAGUGGUUGCUUGGUAUGACAAUGAAUGGGGUUACAGCCAAAGAGUGGUGGAUUUGGCACAUUUGGUUGCAAGCAAAUGGCCAGGCGCAGCUGCUGCACCAGGGAGUGGAGACCCAUUGGAGGAGUUCUGCGAGACAAACCCAGCUGAUGAGGAAUGCAAACUUUAUGAAUAGAGGAUCCUUUUCUGACUUAAGAGUUACCUCUACUAGCCAGCCAUUUAUUUUUGCAUUGUGUUAAAAAGAGAAAAAGAUGUUCAGACAAACAUGGUUUUCUAAUGUCUGAGGGGUGAUAUUCAAAGUUUAAACUUCUGUGCGGCUAAUAAGAGUUUUAGCAUAACACAGAUUCAUAAAUAUUAUGAUAUAUUUCAUUUGUGAUAUCUGGUUUAA